AUGUUGUUCACUAUCUUCCGGUUCAUAUUGAUAUUUUGGACCAUUGUUCAGCUUCUAUUAGCAGUAUUUGCUUUGGUUUCGUCCUACAAAAAGGUCGAUUAUUUGACAAAAUUCUACCUCAUAGACUUCUAUGUGGCAGAUAUAAAUUUGGCAUCAAUAUUUCCAGCUGAUAAAUUUCAGAAAAGAGAUGCUGGAGCAUUUGGUGAAAAUCCAGUAACUACCACCUCCGCUGCUACAACAAAAUUGUCUAACAAUGAAGUAGUGACGACGACAUUGGGUGACUCUGGAAACACUAUCGCAGCAGCGGAUGGUUAUAGUACAAUUGUGUAUUACUCACCUAUUACAACUGUGACAAUGAGUGACACAACCUUAACCCUGCAGCUUGUAGCUACUACAACUGCUUCAUCGCCAGCAGCAGCAACAGAGGGGGGAGCCACAACGUGGGACAAUGGGUAUUAUUACCCGACUACAACGGCGGAUACUUUGGUGGAUACUGCAUCUACAACUGCAGGAACUAUCAUUAAUGGUGAUACUUCCGCAGCUACCAGUACAGACGCUACUUUGUUGCAGCCUACUACCACUAAAUCAUUGGGUGCAAGUACUUCUUCCAGUCUGUCAGCAGUAUCAUCCACAACUUACGCUUACGGUUCUUUGCAAGAAACUAUCAACAAUCUUGAUAGUACAUACUCCUUCGGAGAUCUAGGAUUUGCCGAUGUGUAUUCCGUGUCAUAUUGGGGCUAUUGUAGAGGAUCUGCUGACAAAACAACUACUAUUAAAAACGGAGUACUGUCAACGAGCUAUGAUAAUUCGAACGUAAACUUUACUUGGUGUAGUAAGCCGAAAGCUUCGUACGUAUUUGAUCCAGCAACUGUCAUCAAGGCUGAGUUGAAUAAUACUUUAGCUACCUACACUAUGAGCGACACAGUGAGGUCACAGCUUGAGGCACUUAGGGAUAAUCUUAAUAGUUCUAACAUUGAGCUACCAGGUAAUUUAGAUAAGAAAUUUGCUACUGUCAAAAGUCUUGUUAAGGCGUCAUUUGGCUUGCUUGUUGCUACCGUGGCACUAACAUCUCUCUCACUUGUGAUCGGGUUACUUGGUUGCUACUUAUCUCCAGGAAAUUGUAUGCUUUCAUUUAUCAACUUCUUGUUUCAAUUCGCUAUAUUUGUCAUAAACAUUAUUGCAGCAGGGUUGAUAACUGGAAUGAUGUUGUACGUCAAACUGCAAGUAAAUGACGUACAAGAUACCUACGGGGCAGAGGCUCAUACAACGGUUGGCUUCUAUGGCUUCAUAUGGUCAGCAGCAGCCGCUGGGUGGUUGGUUGUAUGUUUUUCGCUUUUGGGUCAUUGCUUAGGACUUUUCAAUACUAAGAAACAUAGGAGGAAGUACUAUAGGACUAUUGUGGAGAAGGAUUAA